CCAAGACACACAUUCACUUGCUUGGUCGCACUGACUUGACUGCCUGCGGCUGUUGUGUGCGACGUCACACACACAGAGCGGACACAGCAUAAAGGUCUGCGGACACAACAGCUGCGGACACAACAGAAAGGCACACGCAUGAGAGGCUUUUGGUACUGACAAGGGGAAAGCCUCACCACACCUCCCAAAACGGACGAGGUCGCGCAUACAACAACAGAGUAGUUGCGCUGCGCAUCUUGCCAUCCUGCCAGCCAUGGCUGACCCGUACCGGUCCAACCCCAACAGCUCCUCCACCGGACCCAGCUCACAGCCACCAAUGUCUUCCUACCAGCACCCGCAAGCACAGCCACAACAGCAACAACAACAACAACAACAAAUACAACAGCAGCACCAUCAACAACAGCAGCGGACACCCUAUCAACCCUCGCAACACCCGCAACCCUCACAACAACCGCCACAGCCACAUCAGCCGUCUCACCAAAUGCCCUCGUACAAUGGCGGGCAGCCGAACGCUCCAUAUGGUCGUGCAUCAGCCCCUUCAGGAUACUCGCACUCCUCACCGGGACGCCCCAGCGCCAUGCCAUCCCAGCAAGCGGGCCACCCAACGCCAUACCAGAACAUGCAGCACCAGUCGCCUGCCAGAGGGCAGGGCACACGACCCGCGCCAUCCUCCACACCGCAAUUUCGGCCUCUCCCGCUCCCAGUCUCCUCCUCCCCCUCAUCGUCCAUGGCUCCAACAUCCAUGGCUCCUUCCACCAUGCAGCCACAGCAGUUUCAGCCACCAACAUCGCAUCCACAGCAACAACAACAACAACAACAACAACAACAGCAGCAGCAGUAUCGGUCUCCGCCAAGGUCACUGGCACAUUCCCACUCUGUGCCGCCGUACCAGGGCCCUCACACAUCACACGCGACAGCAGCAGCACCACCACCACCACAACAGCAGCAACAACCACAACCACCGUACUCCUCCCCGUCUCGCGUCCCCACGUCCUCCUCUGCCACGUCAUCGGCCGGCAUUCCAUCCUUCAAACCGCUGCCACUGCCGCAGUCCACACCCUCAGCAUCUGCACCAUCGACAUCACAGCCGCAAGUUGUGCUGAAGCCCCUGGCUCUCAACCAGCCCCAAUCACAACAACCAUAUCAGCCAUACUCACAACAACAGCGCCAGUCACAGCAACCCCAAUCGCAGCAGCCAAUGCGAACAUCACAGGCCCCGCCAUCGCUGCGGCCGCUGCCAAUCCCAACAGCAUCGCAGCAACCACCACCGCAACAGCCACGUGGCAGCGGUAUGCCUUCCCUGAAGCCGCUACCGCUCUCAACGCUCCAGCCACAAGCGCAGCAGUCGCAGCACCAGCAGCAGUCGCAGCACCAGCAGCAGUCGCAGCAACAGCAGCGCUCAGGACUCAGCAACGCACCACCGCCUGUGGACAAGAACCUCACGAGGCGGCCACACUUUGACAUAUCCGCACAACUGCGCGAUGUCCAGCAACAGCGACAGCAGCAGCAGCAGCAGCAGCAGCAGCAGCAGCAGCAGCCACGACUCUCCUUCCAGCCGCUCCCCCUCCAAUCCCAUCCCCAACAACCAACGCAAUCAGCAGCACCACCAGCACCAGCACCAGCACCAGCACCGACACCACCGCACGUGACACCGCCACGACCGCCGCAGCUGCAGCAGUCGGAUGAAAUCGCCGCAAAGAUAAAGGAGGUGGUGGCUGCGCGGGAAAGAUUUGCCCGCGGUGUCACCUUCUCAAGCGAUGUGCUUGGCGCGUACGAGUCCAUGCAGAACCUGCGACGCUCGCUUGAACGCAUGGAGGUGCGCGGGUAUUUCAAGGCAAAGGAUCGGCCUGCACAGGAUCGCGUGCUGAUGCUGAAGAGCGUGCAUGACCUGGUGCGGCAGUUGCUGGAUGGCAGUCUGCACUGCGAGCAGUUUGGUGUGGAGAUGGGGCGUGUGCUCGGCAUGCACUUCCCCGAUGGCUUUGUCGCGCGGCUUGGCGGCUGGGUACAGCGAUGGCUUGACCUGAAGAAAGAGCUGAUGUCAUCACAGGCACAGCCACCACAGCCACCACAGCCACCACAGCCACCACAGCCACCGCAGCCGCACAGGUCUGCACCGCAGCUAACGCCGGCGCAACAGCAGAUGAGGCGACAGCGGCUGCUGCAGGUGCGAAAGAAGCUGAUAGAGAAGCGCGAGGCACGCGAAAAGCUUGCACCUGGCGCAUCCUUUUCCAGCGACACGCUGUCCAAGCUGCCGCAACUUAUGGAGUUACAGCUGUUCAUCACGCGUUACGAGCUGGCUGAGCUGCAGUUGUACGGCGGGCCUGUCACGCCCAAAUUGCUUGCACACAUCAACGAGCGAGGGCGGGGGUUGCUCAAGGGCAAGAUCAGUGCUCGCGAGUUUGCAAACGAGGUGGCCAAGCUGCAGCACACGAGUGCGCCUGAGAAGUUUAUCAAGCAGCUGGAAACCUGGUUACAGCAGUUGCAGAAACACUUGCAGGCGAGACGCGCAGAGUUUCAGCAGAAGAUGCAACGGCUUGCUGUUGGCAGAGAUGGUGGGCAGCUCGAAGCGACCAGCACUGCUUCGAGCACCAGCCAUGGUGGCGACGCGCGUGAGGCGAGCUUCGAUGUUCCCUCGUUUUCACUCGACGACAUACCAACAUCAUCAACCGCAGUGCCAACAGCAGCAACAGCGACAACAGCAACAACAUUGGUGCCGCUCUCAUUCAAACCACUGCCUCUUCCAUCAGGUGAUACUGCCGCAGCAAUGCCCACCACCACAACAACAACAACAACAGCAACAGCAACAGCAACAACAGCUGCACCACCAGCAUCACUGCCAACAACGACAUCAGCACCUGUGCCGACCAGCACUGCACCCCCAACCACCACCGCAACCACAACUUCAACAACAGCAACAGCAACAACAACAGCAAUUUCAACAACCACCACUGGGACAACAUCUGCCGCAGGGACGCCAUCGGAGAAGACAGCGAAACGGAGGGGCCGUCCACCCGGCUCGCGAGACAAAAAGGCGCGCAAGAAGAAGCCUGGCACGCCUACACCUGCCUCCACACCAACAAGCACCACGAAGACUGCGGAUGGCAAGAAGGCCCCUGCCAAGGACAAGGAAAAGGGGAACAAGGCCACGCCUGGUAAGAGCGUGCCAGGCAGUACCAGGGCGCGACCCAAGACGGCAAAGACGGCAUCAUCCGUGACGUCGACACCGGCAUCGAAAGCGAAGCGACCGCGAAAGUCGAAGGGCAGGCCGUCAGGUGCAAGCACACCAACAACACCAGCAACGCCAGGCACACCCGCCGCAGGGACACUCGCAGGCAAGGCAUCCACAACGGCACCGACACUGACGCAGAUGACAGCCCCGCCUGUGAUACAAGCGCCGCUGUCACCGCUGUCGCAGUUGAAGCGACGUCGACCGCCACCCCCGCCGAUUGACACGGAUGUUCUCAACGAUACAUCGCUCCUCCUUGCCCCGACCCGGCUUCGAGACCGCAUCUACGACACAGUGCUGUCGACGCUUGUGGCCCCGCACAUUGGUCGAUCACAGAGCACACCCACGACCACAGCCACCAUGAACGGAAACAGCAGCAGCAGCAGCGGCGGCGGUGGUGGUGGUGGGAAUCACGCAGGCAUAUACGCGACUGAUGUUGUUGGCAGCAGCACGCUGGGCAACGCGAGCAAGGCGACGGCUGAUGGUGGCGAUGGUGCAUUGAAGGCAGGCAUUGAUUCGCGCGUGUACACCGUGCUCUCCCAAGCCACAGAGGUGCUGUUGCGUCGCAUGCUGGGCGCGCUUGCCCGGGACUGUACAUAUCGACACGAGGACCGUGAGCGCGCAAUGCAACACGCCAAGGAAGGUGGCGACUCGUUCAAGCAUAUUGCAGAGUUUAUGCGGCAGCUUGAGGAGCAGCAGGAUACACUGGCGCCACAGAAGGACACGCAGCCGGCGGCACCACGCAACUCGGCUAUCGACGCAAUGAGCAUGGACAACCACUUUAAGUUCAACUGGCGCAGCAAGAAAAAGAGCAAGAAGCUGCGCGUGACCCGCCGCCGGCUCAAGCAGCGAAUCAGUGUUGCUGACGUGACGCAAUAUCUGGAGGAUGAGCCAAACUUCCGUCGGUCGCGGCUGCAGCACCACGCCCUCUUGCACCGCGUGGACAAGCGGGCCAUUGCACACCGCAAGAUCUAGCUGUCGCCCGUGAUGGCAGGAAUGGUGGUGAUAGGUAGUGGUGGUGGUGGUGGUGCCGUGGCAAGCUGUUGUGGUGAUUGGUGAUACAUAGUAUUUGUGGUCAUGUCACACCAUCAUGUCUUUGUAACUUGUCCGCGUGUUUGUCUGUGUUGCUGUACACAGAGUGGGAGUGAGAGUCAGAUGAACAGACAGGAGAGGCGGGCAGCCACAGCCACAACCACUUGCUUGGCGUGUGCGUGUGUGCACUGUGCAUAUCGUUGGGUGACGAGAAUGAAACCAUAUUAGGUCAGA